UUCUUCUGGGUCCUUCUGGUGAUCUUCCUCACGGAGCUACUGCUGAUUUUCAUCGAAAUCAUCUUUGAAAACAAGAUGAACGCAGUUUUCCACUCCAACAUCCAAGAGGGCAUCAGACACUACUAUGAUGACCUUGACUUCAAGAACAUCUUGGAUUUUGUACAAGAAAAGUUUUCUUGCUGUGGUGGCGAUGAGUACCGCGACUGGGAGGUUAACCAGUACCACUCCUGCAACGGCAGCGGGCCGCUGGCCUGCGGGGUGCCUUACACGUGCUGUAUCAGGAAGGUCCCUGGAGAAGUCAUUAACACCCUGUGUGGAUACAGGACGCUUGAUAAAGAGCGCCUGGAGCUGCUCAGCAUCAUCCACGUGCGAGGCUGCAUCCAUGCUGUCGGCCUCUGGCUCAAAGACAACUUCGAGGCCACUUUGGGCAUCGUUUGCUCCCUGCUGCUUCCACAGGUGAUCGGCCUCGUGAUGGCUUGGCUGUAUUGGCAAAAGCUCAAUGAGAUCUACUCCAAGCUGGACACCGUUGACUUCAAGAUCCUGGAGAUGCGGGAUUUCAGCUUCGGGGUGGUGGAUCUGAGCGGCGCGGGCUGGUGCUGGUGCUUGCCCAAGGAAGGGGGCUACAUUCCCGUCAAUGCUGAAGAUGAGGAAGACAACGAGGAGGAGGAAGACGCCAUCUGCCACAGCAAAGUGUGA